UCCCCAUGUCUACUAUGGAAUGAUCCAAAAUUUCCCACCAUGCUUCAGUCAUCGUGCUGCAUUCAGAUUUCAUCAUGGCGGACUGGGACUCAGAAGACUUCGAACCUGCCAUCCCCGUUGCCUCGGCGGGGACGGAUAAAUGGGAGGGUGAAGACGAGGACGACGAUGUGAAGGACAACUGGGACGAUGAAGAUGAAAGUGAUGAAAAGAAAGACCAAGCUGAAAAAGCCACAGGCACAGCUGUUCAAAAGAAGAAGAAAAGGACCAUGCAGGAAAUCAUAAGAGAGAAAGAAGAGAAAAAGAAGAGAGAAAUGGAAGAAAGAAAAGCCAGAGAAGAAGCUGCCCAGAAGGCAAUGACACCAGAAGAGCUCGCAGCAGACAAGUUGAGACGACAGAAACUUGCAGAAGAGGGAGAUUUAGAGCUAGCAAAGGACAUGUUUGGAGUGACCAGUGAAACGGGCGGAAAGAUUGACAGAAUGCACCCCCAGACAAGAGAAGACUUUGAGGAGUUCCAGAAAGCGCUGGUAGAGAAAGUGUGCCAGUAUCAAGGGUCCAUUCACUUUGUCACCUUUCUGGAGGAAUUAUUCAGGGACUGCUGUUUAGGAUUGGAGGCUGAUGAUGUCAGGAGGUUAGGAACUACCCUCACUGUUCUUUCCAAUGAAAAGGCAAAAGCUGCAAAGGCAGCAAAAGGAGGGAAGAAGGGAAAGAAGCAGGCAGCAAGCAUGAAGGCAGUCAAGAAGGUGGAUCUGGAAGACUACAGCACUUAUGGAGAUGAAUAUGACGACUUUAUUUAGCCCCACGCCCACCUAUAGCUAGGGAAUGAGAGUUAGGAAUAGUAACGGAGUUAUGAAGGACUAAUAUUGCAAAUGAAUAUUUUCUGAUAUGGAAUAUGAAGGCUGCUCCCUGCUGUAGAGACAAGAAUAAUUAAGAAAUUUCUCACUUUUCAUCCAAACAAAUUGAGUCUUCCAAUCUGUAAACAUUUUAGACAGACUUCUAUUUCUUUGCAAAUGCAAAGCUACUGUGUAAAUGUUAUGUGUGGAUAUUUAUGGUUUUUGUCAUCAUUUGGUAUAAAGGGAAAUGAGGUCUGGAGAAUAAUUAGCAUCUUAAGUGGCUUUAGAAUUAACAUGUAUUACUAUAUUUAACACAAGUACAGAAAUUAUGUUUCUGUGAUCUUUGAGCUUGUUGCUUGUCUUUAUUAUGCUAAAAUUAAGGGGGUUCAUUUUUAAAAGACAAAACUAUGACAGUAAUUAUGGCAAAGUCAUGUGUUCCCAUGGUUUUGUGGUAUAGUUAACUCAUGUUUAGUCAGAGAUAUCUUGAUUUCAGACUUGAAAAGAAUUUGUGAAGAUUUACCACAUUUGUGCAAAAUUAUUGGUGUACACUUAAGUUUUACAUGGAAUGGCUUUUCAUCACUGAGCAUUACAAUGAUUUUGUCUCUUGA